AUGGUGAAUAGCCUAAUCCUUCCUGGACAGCCUACCUGGCGUCAAGGUGGUCAAGAUGAGUGUGCCAGUGGGGACAGUGGAGUAGCAGAAACCAACGGGGCUCUGUCCAUGCCUGUCAUCCCCAUGAACACAGCAGCUGAGGCCAUCAUCAACAUGAUCAACCAGGGACAGAUACAGGUCACCAUCAACGGAUUUACUGUCAGCAACGGACUGGCCACCACACAGAUACUUCCAUUGGAGGUGGUUGUAGUAUCAGGGUCUGUCUCCCUCCAGAUCAACAACAAGGCGGCUACAGGAGAAGAGGUGCCUCGUACCAUCGUGGUGACAACCCGCUCCCAGUACGGCCUGCCUGAAGACUCCAUCGUCUACUGCAACUUCAACCAGCUCUACAAAAUCGACCCUCCCACCCUGCAGAUGUGGGCCAAUAUCCUGAAGCGUGUUCCCAACAGUGUUCUGUGGUUGCUGCGUUUCCCUGCGGUGGGCGAGCCCAACAUCCAGCAGUACGCCCAGAACUUCGGCCUGCCAGGCUCCCGCAUCAUCUUCUCUCCCGUGGCGCCCAAGGAGGAGCACGUGAGACGGGGCCAGCUGGCCGACGUGUGUCUGGACACGCCCCUCUGUAACGGACACACCACCGGCAUGGACGUGCUCUGGGCCGGGACACCCAUGGUUACCAUGCCAGGUGAGACCCUGGCGUCGCGUGUGGCAGCCUCUCAGCUACAGUGUCUGGGCUGUCCUGAGCUCAUCGCCCACACCAGACAGGAAUAUGAGGACGUGGCUGUCAAACUGGGCUGUGACAUGGAAUAUCUGAAGAUGAUCCGGUCCCGUGUGUGGAAACAGCGUAUCUGCAGCCCUCUGUUCAACACCAAGCAGUACACUAUGGAUCUGGAGAAGCUCUACCUGCAGAUGUGGGAGCGUCACGCCAGCGGCAGCAAGCCAGACCACCUGGUCAAACUGCAGCCCGUCGAGAGCAGUGAGAGCGCCUGAAGUCCCAGACCCAGGGUGUGUCCCAAAUGGCAUCCUAUUCUCUAUAUAGUACACUGCCUAUGACCGAGGCCCGAGACAUAGGUAGUGCACUACAAAAAGGAACAUGGUGCUUUAUGGGACGCGACCCCCCCCCCCCCCCCCCUGAACCUGACGUCCCAUCAAUCGAUGCACGUCGCCCUCACCCUGACCUCUAACCCCCAGACUUCUUAACUCCAGUCCCUCCAGAGCAGCAGAAGCAUCUGGGCUUGAACUCUGACCCCCAAUCGCCCCUAACCCACCACUCUGCCCCUCCUGCCCAAAGCCUAGCUCCUAUCUGCUCCCCUUUAGCCCCCUUCAUCCCUGCCUCCCUCCCCUGUGACUUGGACUCUUGUCUGUUGUAGAGCCUGCAGGUGUGUCUCCCUUUACCCCCUCCCUGCCAUUCACCUCCCUCGUCAUCAUAUCCCAUCCAUGUUGGUUCCCCUGAGCCAGACUGAGCCAGAACCACUCUGCCCUUCACCUGAGACUCUUCCCCCAAACCACAGCAUCCAUACUGGGUACGAGAGGAGGAACACCCCUUCUCCAUCCCUCCCUCCAUACAGCGCCUAGAAGAGACCCCCCCCUUGGCUUUUUCACUUCCCUUCUGUGUGUGUAUAUGGGACCCGUUAGGGCCUUGAGGUUUGAGAACCAGUCCCAAGCCUCCAUGUAAUAAUUGAAUAUGUAAUAAGAGGUUGAUGUUAUAAGAGUACAAAGGGACUGUGUUGAAGAUCUAGUCACUCGUCUUGAACUAAAAACAUUGAAUCGGCUUAAACAUGUUAAAACAUUGUCUUUAGUUUGCAGCUGCUCUUGGUAACUCUGCCAGGAUUUGAGUAAGAUAGUUUCAUUAUCAGAUUUCAGAGAGAAAGAUCAUAACCACUUCCUUCCCCUACCACCCAAAUGCCAACUUUGAAGGAUUUUGUCAUGUGUCAAUGUAAGAAAACAAAAAAAAUAUUCUCGAUGGCUUUGUCCUCUUGUUCGAUGUCACGCACUAUGCUUGUUAAGACCAAACCUUGUGGAUAAAGAGAGAGGAGUUUCAGUACUACCCCAUUGGAAUGGCCCUCUUUUUCUUUCACCCUUCGUUAUGCUGCUCCUCUCCCCAUGCAAUGAUUGAUUUUUAUCACUCAAACCAGGAAUGGCCUAGGUAAGUAUUUUCUGAGCAGUUUUAGUUUUGUACUCUUGCCUUUGUUUUAUUGAAGCUCUGUCUGGUAUGCUGCAAGGCUCUGACUCCAUGUCUGUUGAAAUAAAGAAAUAAGGCCAA